AUGCUUCACCACCAGCCUCAAAUCCUUUCUCCUCUUCCGGAGAUGGGCUCCCAGAACCCCAACGCAUCUGGACUCCGUGCUCGCAAGAUGUCCGCCGCCGGAAAUCGUUCAUGGUCUGAAGAAGAGGAGACAUAUCUGCUUCAAACUCGCAUGCAGAAGAUGCCGUACAAGCACAUUGCUGUUCACUUGAAGAAGACUGAACUCGCUUGCCGUCUUCACUUCCACCAGCUGUCACACGGUAGUCACCGCCGCAGGCGCAACUCGUCGGUUUCUUCGACCGCUUCGUUCGGCUCUAUUGCGCAAUCUGUAUGCUCGAUGGGCACUGAUCAGGACGACUUCUCCCAGUCAUCUCGCCAAGCCUCGCCAAUGAGCUACACUGGAGCAUCUCACCACAUCAGGUCCGCGUCAGCGACUGCAUCGCCAGGCCGUAGUCAGCACAAGAUUCUGCUUCCCAAGCCCCGGACUUUCACUCCUCAGGGCUCACCUGAGCCCCACAAUGGACUCCGCAUCAACACCGAGGUUGCUUAUCAGCCACGCAUCGUCGACACUGACCGACUCCGUGCCAUCUAUGAGGCCCGUCGUCAGCAGUUCUGGUCGACUGUGGCCGCUGACUACGGCGCCGAUGUGUCUCCUGCCCAACUCGAGGAGAUUUGGCGUCACAGCUCCAGCGCUGUCCGCCCACCGACCCCUGAUGCAUCACCAGAUGGCAGCAUCAUGCACAACCCCAUUCUCAAGCCUUCCACAAUCCCAUACCUAUCGCCUGCCUACAGUGAGCCCAAGCAUUACAGCCCGAUGGAUACCAGCGCUGUUCCCGUGCCCGAGCGCAUGCCGUACAUGCUCCCCAUGCCAGUUCCGUCCACUGGACGCACUCGCGCCGGUACCUGGAGCUCUGCGCCAAGAGAUAACAUGCCCAUUGCGAGCCUCCUCACCGAGGACAAGAACCCUCGCCAGUUCUAG